AUUUACAGACUGAACUGCGCCAUUCUGAAUGCAUUUUUCUUACAGCCUUCAGCCUUCAGUCGUGUUUCCCCCGCACAUAUCUGCCUAGAGAUACUUACAGUGUUUCUUCAGGCGCAUGCAAAAGUUGCGUUAUGAUGUAAGAAAGUUGCAGCGGUCACGCAGCUCGCGCGACUGCUAAUGUGCAUUAGCUAGCGUGCUCGUCGCAAACAAGCCGUCUUACUCUAAAGUACAAAAGCGGGUUUUAUUCGCUGUUGACAGUCUGUAUACGAUGUCGUCGAUUUGAAGUGACACCGAGGGAAUGGCACAAGCGAUCAUACACACGAAGUGACCGUUUUUGUAUCGACCGCAUCCGUCGGAUUCGGCGGUAUCUGUAGGUUCGGUGACACUUUUGACAUUAGCGUCACUGUCAGCUCGUUUGUCGAUUUCGCGCGGGUUUUAUUCUUCUUUUCUUGUGUUUUGCAUUCGCAUGGCUGAGGGGUAACUUGCACUGGAGGUUUUUGUUUCUGUUGGAGGGGCGUUUACCGUGUUGAAGCUAGCAGAAGCUUUUUGACGGGUAGAUCACAGGCUGUCGGGAGUUUGACAAGCAGCUUGCGCUUAUGUAAUGCUGGCGAUUCCCCGCUUGACCUCAAAAGACGAAUAAACAGCGCGUAUUCAGAGUGCGGCGAAGUUUAUUUCAUGACACGACUCGUGUGCGUCGUCGUUACGGCGCAUUUUUUUCCUGAGUUGUUUUUGCGCGUGUCGAAGCUGCAGCGCGUCUUUGUAAAAUCUAUUGACCAUGCGGGAAGUUCAACAAAAAACUAUUGCGGACACCAUCUAAACGUUUAAACAGCUUGGACUUGAAUAGAAAUGGAUUUCUCGUCAUAAAUCUUUUUAAAGGUUUGAGAUAUGGAUCGUGGACUAAAACGCAGCAGUAACAAUGCUGAGAAUCUAACUUUUGGGGAUUGUAUUGAGAGAGGCCUUUUGCCUGAUAUCGGUGUCAAUGCGUCCGCUUUAAAUACAUCAAAAGAUUUCUCGAAUGGACUGAGAGGUAGUGACGCUCAAAGAAACCCCUCUAUGGCAGAUCCAUCCUUAAUGGGAUGUAACAUGCAAGAACCAGAUGUUAAGGCAUUCAAACCUUUCAGAAUGCAGCACCAGCAAAAGGUAAAAGAGCCUCUCAACAUUGGGGAGAACUUUUUGCUCUUGGACGAGAGCAUUGCGGACUUAAAUCGUGGUUCUGGCAUCCAGGCCCCUGACGCUUUUACAAUGAAAAUGGAGGAGCUUUCCCCCAUGGAGAAAGAUAGGCUGGACUUUCCACCCUAUGACUAUCCAGAUAAGGAAGCGGAUGGUAAUGAGAGAGUGACUGGAGACAACACCAUUGAUAUCCUAAAGGAUCUGGACUUUCCUGACUCCCUGUCUGACCUGAAUGAGUUCUACGUUAAUGAUGAGGCUGCCUUUCUGUCCUCAUUGGCAGUGGAUGAUGGCUUGCUGGGAGAGAGCCACUUGCUAAAGGAUACCAGCCCUGUUGUCACUGGCAACAGUGCAGCCUGUGCGAAUGUGAACGGCAUGGGGAAACGGCAGCAGAUGGCGGAUGCCAGUGUCAACAUGCCGAUUAUAAAGACAGAGAAAGACCCAGACUUUAUCCAACUGUGUACACCGGGUGUCAUCAAACAGGAGAAUGAGAGGCGGAGCUACUGUCAGAUGUCUGGGAUGGGUGGGCCUCACGGUGGGCCCGCCGCUUUGGGAGAUAUGGGUGGACAGGAAUACCACUACGGAGCCAACAGCGCCUCAGCUGUGAGUUUACCAGAUCAGAAACCUCUUUUUGGUCUGUUUCCUCCCCUGCCUACUUUAAGUGAUGGCUGGGUUCGAGGAAAUGGAUAUGGAGAUCCGUCUGGGAUGCAGAGAGCCAAUGAGACAAUACUUCCGUCCACCUAUCCGUACAGCAGCUCUUUGGCCAGGCCUGAAGGGAGCAGCUCCAGUCCAUCAGGAUCAGUCAAGCCCGGUGGAAACACCCAUAAGAUAUGCCUGGUGUGCUCUGAUGAGGCCUCUGGAUGUCAUUAUGGGGUGCUCACCUGUGGCAGCUGCAAGGUUUUCUUCAAAAGAGCCGUGGAGGGGCAGCACAACUAUCUCUGCGCAGGAAGGAACGAUUGCAUCAUUGACAAGAUAAGAAGGAAAAACUGCCCGGCAUGCCGCUUUCGCAAGUGUCUUCAGGCCGGCAUGAACUUGGAAGCUCGGAAAAAGAAGAAACUGAUGCGAUUACAGGGUCAUUCGUCCUCCAGUGAGCAGGCCCCGGCUCUGCCUGAUGAGCGCAUGUCUUCACUGGUGCCUAAAGCCAUGCCCCAGCUGGUGCCCACCAUGCUGUCCCUGCUCAAAGCCAUUGAGCCUGAGAUCAUUUACGCGGGCUACGACAGCACCAUCCCAGACACCUCCACCCGCCUCAUGACGACUCUUAACCGUCUGGGAGGCCGCCAGGUCGUUUCUGCCGUCAAGUGGGCCAAAGCUCUUCCCGGCUUCAGAAACCUGCACCUGGAUGACCAGAUGACGCUCCUGCAGUGCUCCUGGCUCUUCCUCAUGUCCUUCGGCUUGGGCUGGAGAUCCUACCAGCAGUGUAACGGAGGCAUGCUGUGUUUCGCUCCAGACCUCGUCAUCAACGAGGAGAGGAUGAAACUUCCCUACAUGAGUGACCAGUGUAACCAGAUGCUGAAGAUCGCCAAUGAGCUGGUCAAGCUGCAGGUGUCCUACGACGAGUAUCUCUGCAUGAAAGUGCUCCUGCUCCUCAGCACAGUACCAAAGGACGGUCUUAAAAGUCAAGCUGUGUUUGAUGAAAUCCGCAUGUCGUACAUCAAGGAGCUGGGCAAAGCCAUUGUUAAACGCGAGGAGAACUCCAGCCAGAACUGGCAGAGGUUCUACCAGCUCACCAAGCUUUUGGACUCAAUGCAGGAGAUGGUGGAGGAGCUUCUCAACUUCUGUUUCUACACAUUUGUGAAUAAAUCUCUGAGCGUGGAGUUUCCUGAGAUGUUGGCGGAGAUCAUCAGCCAUCAGCUACCAAAAUUUAAAGACGGGAGUGUCAAGCCUCUUCUGUUCCAUCAGAAAUGACUGCCUUAGAUCAUAACAAUGCCUUAACACCACCCUUUUCUUACCAGCUCUAAUCCAACCUGCCCAUUUUCCCCAAACAUCCUGAAUGAACUGAGGGAUACAGUCGCUUCUGCUUGAUUCUCGGAGGGAAGAGGGGACGUUUGCUCUUCUGAAAUGUACGUGGAGCAGGACAAAGUUGUGUACUUGGAGCAGACAGAAAGUGACUUUGAGAAUUGAGAAGAUUUUUUAGUGAUAUUUUCUCUAUUAUUUUGCAUGUACACUGCUGAAAUGUUUACAAAGGUAUAUCAAAAAAGGAAAAUGUGCCUUUUUUGCGCUUUGCGAAUCAGUUUUGAACAUUUCUCAGGCUAACGCAAUGACUUGGCGUACAGAAUUUCUGUUGAUGAUUCACAUUCAUCUGCCCUUGUCUAAACCUGCCGUGAUGGUUCACUGUAGGUGGCAGCUCAACGCUCCCAAGAGGUGCUCCAAAUUCUGAAGCUGCUGAUGAAACAUUAGACCAUAUAAUGUAUUUUUAAAGUCUCAUCGAAUCUCCAAAUCGUCAAACAAUUUUGCAUGAAUAUUCCACAAUAUAAUUCAAUUCAAAUCAAGAUCUGUUCCAUGACUGACAGCAAAAUACUACACGAUGGCAAGUCACGAAAUCAAUGAAUUUGUCAGAUUUCCAUCCAUUCUGGUCACACUGAGAUAAGCGUAUCCCAGCAUUCCCCUCCUGUCAACUGCAGUGUGUUCAUGUCAUUUGGUGAAUGUUUGCGCGUGUCUAAAGUUGCACAUCCACCAGCAUCUCAGACUUUUUUACUUUCUGUCAUCCUGUUUUUAGUUAAAAAAAAUUUUUUUGGAAUUCUCUCUGCAUUUUCUAAAUCUAGUAACCCAUAUGAGGCCCACAAGUUUUGACCCACUUUUCUAGUCUGUGUCUUUGAUGUGCCCCUGUGGUGCCAAGCCACAAACGAACUCCUUUGUUGUAACUUCAGAACAAAAGGAACAUUUGUGGUUCUCUUGCUCGGGCAUGUGUUUGCUCAUUGUUACGUGUCAACUGACAUUGGUGUGUGCGCUUCAGGGUUUUUGCACCAGCUACACUUGAUUACCAGCGUAAAGGAAUGAUUCAUCCAAAAAAGAAAAUUCUGUUGUUUUAUCACAACGUUCCAAACUUAUAUGUAGUGAUUUUUAUGUCUGAAAAGUGCUUUGUGAAGAUUCUUCACAACGUUGUAUUUUGUGUUCCAAAAGACGGGUAAAAAAAAAAAAACUAACAAAGCCAGUUGGUUUUGGAAUGACACACGGGUGAGUAAAUAAUGACAGAAUUUUCAUUUCUAUAAUACUUCUACUAUUAUAGAUAUAUAUAUAUAAUACUUUUGCACCCAGGAAUCCUCCACAUUUCCGGAAUUACUAGUGUUUGUGUACAUAACACAAUUGAACAUUCACCUUACAGAAUGAAUAUUCAUACUCAGAUGAUUAAGCUAUUAAUUUUUCCAUGCACCAUAUCAAACAACUCACGGCGAUCAGAGGGUUAGAGGUUCAUUUUCAGCAGUGUCUCGUGCUUCUGGAGAGUCACAGAGACGCUGUUUGUUUGAUGCUCAUUUCCAUCGGCUGAUGUGAAAUUUAAAUGUCACAGUGCAUAUCCCAGGCUUCCCCAAAUAUUUUAAUUUUUUACAAAUCCCUGGCUAGGUUUGUGAGUUUUCUGUUUGUUUCACAGUAGGCCUUGCAAAGGGAGUUUUUGAGCCAUAAAACAUAAGUUGUAUAAAUUCUGAAGUAUGCUGAAAUGUCUAAAAGAAAUUGUUUGGUAAUCACUGAUAAUUUUUAAAAGAAACUAAAACUAAAAUAUAAAUACACAGAUUAUCUUUGAUAUACACAUAAUUUUACAAGAAAAUAAUUUUAAUACAUAAAGUUGUAUUAUCUUUUUUUGUCAAGAUGAUCUGUAUUGCAGAUGCACUUUUGAGAAAAAGUGUCAUGUUGUAUGUAAAUGUAAAUUCUACAAAUCUCUAGGGAAUAUAGGAGUAAUCACUGUUUUACAGAAGGACAGGUUCAAGUUGUGCCAGAGAUGCAAGUGUGUUUUGUAUAGUGCAACAGAGUGACCAAAGCAAUGCAGAUUUUAACAAAUAAAUAUCAAUAUUUAAAGCAGUUAUAUUUUACAGUAGCUCUUACUACCCAACUCUAGGCUCUUUUUACUUUAUUUUAUCCUUUUCUAUUUCUUUUAUAAAGAUUUAGGCUCUGGUCUCAUGUAUAAUGCUGUAAAAUUAACUAGUAAAAAUAUAAAUAAAGCUGUGUGUAAUGUAUCAAAGCCUGAGAAUUUGCACUACCCUAAUACUGGCCUGACAUAUAGUAUAUUUUGUAAAAAAAUUCAUGCAGAUACUAUCUUUGAAGAUUAAGGGCAAAUCAUAUUUCACUUGUAUAUGGCUUUCAUUAAAGUGUGUUUUGUUUUAUUUGCAUUUCAGUUAUAUGUAAAAUAAUCCAAUGCAAAUGAUAUACAAUGUCUAUUUGUUUGAAACAAUAGUUUUGUAUGACUUCUGUAUUACACCUCUCCUGUAGUCAAUGUCGAUCUUUACACAUAUUUGAUUAAAUGUUGGACAACAUUUGUUCAGAAGAA